AUGGCAAUGGCACUCAAUAUCCGGUGCUAUGUCAAUCUCGAACAGGAGAUGAACAGCAUGCAGCGCAUACUCUCAUUCGCGACGACUACUCCAACAGAACGCGACACUAAAAUGGACCCAAGUCUACCGGAAGCAUGUUCACAGGAGGAACCACUCGAAUUCUCCGGCCUGGUCGUCCACCAUGCCUCCUAUCUGCCCCCUGUGCUGAAGCGAAUAAGCUUCUCAAUCGCCCUCAAUACUCGCGUUGACGCAAUAGGUCGUACAGGAGUGGGCAAAUCAUCCCUCCUGCUAGCACUCUUUCGCUUCCUCGAAGCAUGUCACGGCCAGAUCUCAAUCGAUGGAAUAGGCACCUCACAAGUGCCGGUCGCCCGGCUCCGUAAUCGACUGGCCAUUAUCCCGCAAUAUCUAGUUCUCUUCUGA